AUGGUCAGAAGUCGUAGAAACUCGUUGGUUCAAAACAUUGCAUCCAAACCUUCAAUAUCCAAUGAAAUAUAUUCUAUUAAUAAUAUUUUUGAUGAUACGUACCUGGUUCAUAAGUUACAAAACUUAUCUUUGGAAUUAACUAGUAGCGGUAUAUUAGAUAAUUCUAAUGGUGGUAGUGAUACAUAUACCAAUUCUAGUAACACUUCUAACAUUAAUGAUCCAGAUAUACAAGCAUGUAUAUCUAAUAAUAAAUACACCAUUUAUGAAGACUAUCUAGAAAAAUUGAAUGAUACAUUAGAUAAUUAUCAAGAUACGUUAAAUGAUAUACAGUCUAUUAAUGAUAAUUUUGAUCAUAUUAUUUAUCAAUUUAAUCAGAUAUCUUUAUCUACCACAAAAUUUCUUAGUGAUAUAUCUGAAUUUCAUGAUUCUCAUAUUGAAUUGACCAAACUUUCUGAAACUAUUCCUAAAUAUUUGCAUUAUUUUGAUUCACUAGAUUUAAUUAUGCGUAGAUUAAAUCAUUCUACCUCAGCUAAUAUAGUAAAAAGGGAUUCUUUUAGGAAACUAUUAGCUAAUAUUGAUGAGUCAUUGAUAUUCUUCCAUUCACAUGCAGAUUUAUUAGAUUCGGAGAGCUAUAGAAUCAAAUUUAAACAAUGUCUGAUUAGAGCAUGUACAUUGAUAUCACAUUAUGUUAGUAAUAUUUUUAAAUUAACGUAUAAUGAUAUUUCAGAGAAAGACAAUUUAUUACAAAACCCGAAUACAAGAGAUGCAUUGAUUUAUAACAAAUUCUCUUCUAUCAGUGAAAUUAUUUACCAACCUCUUCAAGAAUUGUUGACUCGUUGUUAUGAUAGCAAUUUAAUUAGAUAUAGAGAUGAAUUAGUAUCUAUAUUAAAAGAUUGUUAUGGGACAUAUUUUGAUAUAAGAAGUAAACUUUUAUUCCCUGUCAUUUGGUCUCAAUUAGAUGAAAUUAUUACAAAACAAAAAGAUUGUAAUUUAGUCACAUUUCUUGGAUCUAUGAAAUCAUAUUUUCAAGAUGUAUGCCAAAAUGAGUAUAAGUUGUUUAUUACUUUUUUUACAUUGAAUAGUAAAAGAGAGAAAGAGAUUAAAGAUGUCAUCAAUUCCUGGUUGGUUAAACUUUGUGAACCAUUAUACAACACUACAACAAACAAAAUUCUUAGAGAACCUGAAAUUAGUCAACUUUGUGAUUCGAUUGUUUUAUUCCAACCAUAUUAUGAAUUUGAGGAAGGUUCGGAAGAGUAUAUGAAACAGUUUAAUGAAGUAUAUUAUAAUACAAUAUUUGAACCAAUUAUGAAUAAAUUACGAAAUCAAUUAGCCAAAAGAUGUAAAAAUUUAAUCACUACAAAUCUGCUUGAUUAUAAACCCACAAUUAAUGAUCUUAUGAUUUCAAAUCGUGAUACUUCGAAAAAAUCAAUGACCGAAUAUGAAACCUCUAUUUUGAAUUCUUAUGUAGAUACAUUGUCGCAGAGACUGUUAUUAAAUAAUACAAGGUUUGAAUCUACGAAUAUGAUCCUGAUUACUUAUUAUACUCCAUUAUUAAGAUCGUUAUCUUUACUUUUCAAAAUUUAUGAUAUUUUAGUUGACUCAACUUUAUUUGAUGAACUAUGUCAUUAUGUGGUCCAUAAUGGUAUUCUUUCCUUAAGACGUGCAUAUAGUUUACAUCAUGGAUCUGCAAAUACAUUGGAUAUAAAAUUAAUUUAUUUAACCAAUCUUUUGUUGCUAAGAGAUGAAAUGCAAAACUUGAAUAUAUCUAAUAAAUUUGAUGAAUCUAAUUCGCAAUUAAGUUUCUCCCCAAUGGAAACCAUUAUUAAAUCAAUCAAGUGGAGCAAUUCAGCAUUAUUUAGUUUUGCUAAGGGUUUGGUUCCUGGGAGAAGAGAAAACAGUAUUUAUAGUAAUGGUAAUGAGGGCGAUUUUACUACUACAAUUGUUGCUGAACGAUCCCAACAAAUGAGAUCUCAUGUUCAGGAAAAGAAUUUUCGAUUUGAAUUAAUUCAGGAACUUCGUAAAAUAAUUAAGAUUAUUACUGAUGAUAUUGGUUCAGAGAUUAUAGGUGAGACACUACACAUUGAUACUACAGAUAACUAUGAAACAAAUGAAGAGUAUCAACAAGAACAUUCAUUAGUUGAUAAAAAUAAAAACUUUGAGAAUAAUAUGACGGACUCUCUAAAAAAAGUCUAUACAAGAAUAAUGGAAAUAAUUCAUAACAAAACCAUUUGUAAAUUUUUGUUAGAGGCCAUUAAAGACUAUAUCAUCAACGAAUAUAGACAAUACUAUACCAAGUUGUCCACGUUGAUUGAGAAGAAACAGACUAACAGAGACAUAUUAAAUGAGAUUAUGACACCGGAUGUAGUUUCCCAACUGUUUUAUAGUAACUUAAAGAGUUUAACUGAGAACAAUGCCGCAGCAUUGUAA